AGGAGAGAGGGAGGCCUAAUAUCUGACCUCUGACAAAUAGCUCUUCACACAGAGAGAGAGAGAGAGAGAGAGAGAGAGAGAGAGGGAAGUGUGGCUCCUCAGUCCUCAUAAACUCAGGUGGACUAAUAGGUUGAAGGUCUGGCUGCAGGUCCUCAGAUGUCCACUAAGCCCAAAGAGCGACACAGCACAUAAACACAAUCAUUUAUAUUCAGCUACGGGGGGAAUGUAACACCUUUAGUGAAAAGUUGUUAUUCGUAUUCGAUAAUGAAAUACUGAUUUAUGUGAAAAAUCAUUCAAACUUAGGUCAGUGUGUUAUGAGCGACAGAGUCUGCGUUCUGAGGGAGAACUGAACAUUUAUGAAGGGUUUCGGUGGUUUGAGUUUUGGGGGUGAGAUUAGAUAUUUGUCAAAGAUGCAUGUAUUGACCAAUGCUUGUUAGCAAUCGAAAAAAAACGCUGAGUGAUUCAAAUUGUAGUUAUUGUGUGUGAUCACUUGGGGGUGCUGUUGCCAGACUUUGUGUUUACUCUGGGAGAUGCAAGUAGCCGGGUCAGUGUUUCUUGACAGAGACAGAGGUAAGAAAUAUUUCCAUGCAUGUGAUUUAUUACAGACAUGCAGUUAAAGUGAAGAGGAGAGGAGGCGACAAAUUUCAUUUAGCGGAGAGCACACGAACACACAUACACAUACAGAAACACACACAUUCACACACAGCACUUUGUAAUGAAGAGCAUGCAGUCCAGUGCCAGUUGUAUUGACAGACAGAUGUGAAAGCUCUCAGCUGUGAUUAGAACUGAGUCAAUCAGACGCACAGACAGGCAGACUUACUGUAUAGUAUUAAUAUCUACUGGGCUGUGAGUCUGUCGCACUUAAAAUGACCUAUUUUUGUUUUCCUGUCAAAGACUUUUGAGCUAUGUGUCAGACACACAAACAUUAUUAUAGAGCUGCACAAACUUUUGGAUUUUUUUAAAGCUUAUCUUAGUGUAAUGAAAAUAUGUCAUUGUUAGACGCAUGUGAAAUGAAGUGAAGCUAUAGUCAUAUGUUUGAGUCAGGAGAUGUUUUAAGGUAGAGCAAACUUCAACAGCUAACAUUUGCUAGCAAGCUAAGCGGCUGACGUUAGCUAGCUCAGGGAGGAUAAUUUAAUAUGGUAAUUACCACCUUUUGAUGAUUACCUCUUUUUACCUUUAUUAGCAUUUUUAAAAAUCCAAAUAUUGAACUGAUAUGACUUUUAUUAUUAUUAAGUUAUCAUAUUGUUUCCAAAAUAUUACUUGUUAUUAUUAAAUAAUUUUGUAUUUAGUAUUUUGACAUUUGUUUUUGGCCUCUUGUCGCCCUGUACCACUUUGGUAAUAACAUAUUACAUUAUAACCGAGCUGUAAUGUAAAGUGCUGCCCAAUGAUUUUCCCUGUUGGUUGUGGAACAUCUUGACCGGCCUGUACAGAGCCUUGACCUCGUCCCCGUCCAACACCUGUGGGAUGAACCGGAAAUGCGAGCCAGGCAUCAUCAGACAAAAAUCGGGGCCUGGCCUCGCUGAUGCUCUUGUGGCUGAAGUGGAGCAAAUCGCUGCAGCCAGGUUCUUGUGUAAACCCUGAAACCGGAAGAGUGGUGGCUGUUAUUGCAGCAGAUUAACGCCCAUAGUUUUGGGAUAAGAUGUUGAUUGAAUACAUGUGGCGGUGAUGUGCACGAGUCCACAUACUUUUGGUGAUAUGUCUUGUUGCCCUGUAGCCUGGACGAUUGGCAAUCUUUGAUUGCUUAUAUUGAUUAAUAACAAAGCUUUAGCAAAAUACUGUACUAUAUACUGUAUUGUACUUCAGGCCAAUGAGGCUUAUUGAAUUGAACUGUAUUGAGAGAGAGAGGAAGCGAGGGAGAGGCUCCUCAUACUUUAAUUGAGUUCAAAAGUUGACUGGGCCGACCAGCCUCUCUCGCUUUUAUGUCCACUUGAAUCAUGGUGACAGUGUGUGUGCGUAUGUGUGUGCGUAUGUGUGUGCGUAUGUGUGUGUGUCUGCUGUAGCAGACCAUACUUCAGCAGCCGCAGACUUUGAGCCAGAUCAUCUCUCUCUCUCUCUCUCUCUCUCUCACUCUCUGUCUCUCUGUCUCUCUCUGUCUCUCUCUCUCUCUCUCUCUCUCUCACCAUCAGCUGUGAUUACUUUGGUAAAACAGCGCUGCGUCGCAGAGAACCAAUUUUCCUAAUGCACAGGCCUCACACACACACACACACGCACACACACACACUUGCAGAGCAUGGUUAUUGAUGAGGUAAAUGGGGAGGGGGGCAACAAGGGGGCACACACACUGCUGGGAAAUGGGGAGAGAGAGAGAAAGUGAGAUGGUGGGACUGAGAGAGAAGGACAUGCUAGACGGGACAAAGAGAUGGACAACGGGAGAGACAUAUAGAAAGGAAAAAGAAGGAGGAAGAAGAAGGACGAGGAGGAUGAGGACGUGGACAUUCAGACGCGGAGACUGUGUUCUGGUAAUGGAGCAGGACGUCCAGUUAAAGAGCUAAUAAAGCAAAGGACACAGAGAGGGAGACAAGGAGAAGGAGGGUGGGAGGAUACAAGGGGGAAUACUAAGAUCUUUCCUCAUGGACGAUGGACUGGUUUGACUCGCCGGCGGUAGAAGAAAAAAACGAGACGAAUUUUCCUUCGGGAUGGUUUUACUUUUUGUCAGCUGCUGAGAGAAAAUAUAAUAUAAAAAGAGAGAAAUAGACAGAAACAGGUGGAAUAGUGCUGAUCCAGUGUCUCAGACAGUGAGACGGUCAUCAUGAAAUACUGCAACGAUAGCAAGCACAGUCAGACAACCGGCUCCUGGUGUGAGGAGGUUCAUUCUCCACAAAGUCUGUCCUCUUUAAAGCAAUCGAAAGGACAAAUGAAGACUGGGUAUCUGGGGUUCUGGAUAUGGAUGUCUGGAAACCCUUUGUAGCAUGUAUGUAGUGAUCAUUUUCUCUCAAGUUUUGAACUUUCUGUCAGGAAAUCAUUCAGCGGCUCUGGAGAGAUGACUCCUGUGAAGAGGAGGCUGGAAAUACUACGUGCUGGAAAAUGUUGCCUUUGUCCGGGAGAUAAAUCGACUGACACCGUCUGCGUAUCCAUGGCAAAUGGAGAUCUCCACGGAGAGCAGGGAAAGGGAUUUUAAGAAUAGUCGGAGAAGAGUUGUCCGAUCCCGGGACAUUAUUCUCUCUCAUACUCAACAGGAACUUCUCUUAAAGGCCGAUCCAAAAAGAAUCUCUCCUCAAAGUCCUUUGCUAUCUGCGAAGAUCUUCUGUUUACAGUGUGUUUCCACAUGGCAACUCUUUUGAAGACUCACCACCGUAAACCACUCCUGAAGGUGUGAUCCUGCAUCCACAGGUCUCUCUUUAAGGCUGGGUCGAGGUUAAAAUCUCUCUGAGGCCGCACACGCACAAGAAACCUCUCUUCAAGACAUAUAUCAAGGACAAGCCUUUUUACAAUGAACUAACUAUAAAUCUCUGUGUAAAGCUCUCUAUCUACUACAAUCCUCUCUGUAAGGCUCUGUGUCCAUGUACACCAACUUGAGAUUUGCAUAUCUACCAGAAUAUCCACAAAGAUCCUCUUUUUAAAGUUUAAUAUCCUGGAACUGGGAAGUCUUUAAGAUUUAAAUUUCCAUCAGAGCCUCUCCCCUUUCUUUUUUAAGGAUCUCUAACUUCUACGAUCCAUAGGAACCUCUCGUUAUCCAACUGGAAUCUCUUUUUAAGACACUCCAUCCACCUGAACCUCUCCUUCAAGCUCUUUUCAGACGGUAUCCACCAAGAAUUCAAGGUUAAACCUCAAGGGCCUCUCUGUAACCGUGUGCUCCAAAAAGACACUUCAUUCACCUUAAUCCAUCCCUCACGCUGACACAUACGUGGAACCUCAAUCAAGAAUGUCUCUUAUUUAAGGACCCCCCCCCCCCCAGCAACAACAACUUAUGGUCAUACAUCUACCACAGUGUUCAAGACCAACAUCUUCCCACACUUGAAGUCCUGCUGGAUAAAACCGAGACUCUGACAGGGACGUAAGACUGACAAAAAAAAAAAAAAGAUCUUAAAAAAAUCGAUGCAGUUUUUAUGCACCGCUCGUGUCUCUCCUCCUGAACUUUCACAUCGUCACAUCGGAGUAAUUUAGGCUGAGCAUCUACUACCGUUACCGUAGCAACUGGAGCAGGAGUGCUGCAGCAUGGGACUCAGCUGCUUCAAGUCCUGGAAACAUGACAGUACAGGCCACAAAGGUAACAGAGAUGUGUUGGCCAGCCCAGGCUCGUAUUUCUUCCUGUCCAACAGCGCCGGUCAGGGUGACGAGUGGCUGAAGAGCCUCAACAAGGGAGUCUGGAUCCCUUUUACAGGGGUCUUUGGUCAGCGUCUGGAGGAGACGGUGCUGUAUGAGCGACGUUAUGGGGUGCGUUUGGUUCCUCUGGUGGUGGAGCAGUGUGUGACCUUCAUCCGGGAGCGUGGCCUCCAUGAAGUGGGCUUGUUUCGUCAGCCAGGACAGGCCAGUCUGGUGAAAGAGCUGCAGCAGGCUUUCGAUUCAGGGGAGAGGCCGUCCUUCGACAGCAGCACAGACGUCCACACCGUGGCAUCACUACUGAAGCUCUACCUCAGACAGCUGCCGGAGCCUCUGGUUCCUCACAGCUGCUACCAGGACUUCCUGCUGUGUGGACAGAAGCUGAGGAGUGACCGCACACAGGGUUUAGGGGAGUUGAGGAAUCUUCUUCAUGAGUUGCCAGUUGCAAACUUCAACCUACUGAACUUCAUCUGCCAGUUUCUGAACGAGGUCCAGAGUUACUCUGGCAGCAACAAGAUGAGCGACCAAAACUUGGCCACUGUGUUUGGGCCAAACAUCCUUCGAGCCAAAGCUGAAGACCCACAAAGCAUCAUGGGAGGCGCAGCAUUGGUCCAUGUCUUGAUGUUGGAGCUGAUCAGAGAGCACGAGUCUCUGUUUGCCAAAGUAGAGCCACACAUCUCCACCCAUCCACCGGGAGGUCCGCAUGCGUCACCGGGCGCUCUGAGGCAGCCUCAUCUUCACCCGACGCCCUGCCUUCGCCAGCUGUCUAUGCCUCUCAUCGCAGAGCGCUCCAGGGAGCCGGGACAGCCCGCCACAGAUGCACAGAACCCCAGCUGUAUCUACUCUGCUGCUGCCAAUUCAGACUCGUCCUGGGCCCAGAAGAGACUCCUCGGCCAUCGCUACACCUCCUCCCACCCAGAGAACUGCUUCUACCCCCUGCCCUCUUCCAGUCAGUCCCCUCAGCAUCACCAGCAUCAUGCUGGCCAAGGACCAUCUCCUGCAAAUGCUCAAGCCUCUACAACCAGUCUCCAUCUACAAGACCCACUUCCUGACACCUCCAAGCCCAGACUGACGCUAAUGGGCUGGGCAGAGGCGUGGUCAGGCCCCGGAGAGGCAGAUGCUGGUUUCUGGAGCUCUAGUGCUGCAGAGGAAGCGGCUGCAGUGCCAGAAACAGCUAGUAGGGGCAGCAGCGAAGCUCAGGAGGAUAGUACCCCUUCUGCUUACGACAACAUGGACAGAGUGGCUUUACAUCAGAGGAUGGAGGAUGUCCCUGGAGGAGCUUUUGAAACCAAGAAUCCUGGAGGCCGUAUUGGAACUUGUGAAGAGGAAGCUGAGCUACAGGAAGCUGGGCGAACAAGGGACUCCUCCUCUUCGUGGUCCUCCUGUGAGGUUCUACCAUUGGACGAGAGCGGUAAUGCUGCAGGAGCCGUUAGUCCCGACAUGUCACCUGAGAAACCUAAAAGGUUACCUUCGAGUCAGGUAGCAGAGGAGGAAAACAGGGCUAAACACGGCCAUGAAGACAACAACAACAACGACGACGAUGAAGAUGAUGAUGGCAUCCACCACCCUAACUCCCCCGCCUCCUGUUCUGUACUCAGUGACAGCUUUCUCAGCACAGGCAGUUCAGAGGUGUUCCUCCCCUCUGGUCCUCCAAACUUCCAGGGGCCUGAACCUGAGUCACAGCCCAGAGAGGCUCACUCACUCCUGGCUGAGCUGCAGAAGCAGAUGGCCCAGCAGAAGGCCGAGUACCAGGCCAGGAUACAGAGGUUGGAGCGCUGCAAUGAUGUCCUCGAGCGGCAGGUUGCCGUUCUCCGGGUCACUCUGGAGCAGCAGAAGCGCAGCCAAAGCGUCGCCGAGAUCAAGAUUCGGAAUAUGGAGCGAGCCAAGGCCGACGCGGACCGCCGAAACUCCACGCUGCAGAGAGACAUGGAGCUGUUCUUCCAGAUGUAUGGAGAGAUCAGGAGAAGAGGAGGAGGUGAAGGAGGAAGAGGAGGAGGGAGCCUCUGAGGAUGGUAAGAAAGAGAAAGAGAGAAAUUCUUUGAAGUUAAUGGUUGGAUCAGAGGAGGAAGGGAAGGAUCGCUGCACAGAGCUCAACGAAAGGGACGGAUGGAUAAACAGUUUGAAAGAGUGAGGGGAAGAAGAUGAUCCACGAUGACGGGAGAUCCAACUGCAAGCUGAACAUUAAAGCAGACCAUGAAGGCAUCAAAACCUGAAGGUGAAACAGCCGGAUACAGAAGACAAUCUGAAGAAGCAGUUUUGGAUGUUGGCGAGCAUCCUCACCUGUGCUGUGACGGUUUGGACUUCCUAGUUGUGGAGCUGUUGGAUUUGUUGACUGGAGAAACUGCGUGUCCUUCUUUAUGCAGAGGUUAGUUAUUAAUCAACACGAUCCUAUAAGAAACCAGAUUCCAUCCAAAAUCAUUCUUGAACAGCAAAGAUCUGGUGGAGAACUGGAAACUGAAAGCUGGUCUGGACCGUAAGACUCUCAUUGAUGUCAGAGCUGCUGCACUGCUCACACUACAAGAUGUUUAGUCCCAGACGGUUGUUGUUGACAUGGGGGGUUCACAACCUACACCACUGAUCUCACACGAGGUGUACUGACUACAGGAUUAUUUCAUCUGGAGGGAACUGUGUCCGGAGUGCAUGUCAGAUGUCAUAAAUCGAAAUCAGAGUCGGUCCAUCAGUCCAUCUCUUGUGGCUACAUAAGACAGAGCAGUGAUACUGGUCUUCGCCUUCUUUGAAGCCCUUUGUCACGAUUUUCUGCUCAGACUUGUCUCUAAGAUACUCCAACAACAAGCGCUUCCUGCUUUUGGCUACGACACAAUCAAACAUGUUUGAUGUUUACCGACUUGUUGGGACAUUUCAAGAGCAAAGGUCAAGAUGUGUCCCAGAACGACUCGACCUAGACAAAGUUUAGUGAUGGAGAAAAUCGUCGAUUCCUUUCUGGAAGAAAAAAAAGAAAAAAAAAGAAGGAGGGUUUCAGUCUCAGUUCUCAAAAACAUGUGGGACAGGAGACUCAUCGCCAAAGUUGUGUAGUCUGCGUUGGGUUUCAGAGAAAUGAAAUGAAAUCUUACAGUGAAAUCAGAGAGGUGACGAUUUGGAGUUUCUACCAUCUAAAUGGAAAGUUUGAAUUCCACGUGGGAAAGAUUUCUCAAAAUCUCAAAAUACACUGAUAUUUCAUUUUCAAGUGAUAUAGCAUUUCCUACAUGCACCAAGUGCUCACAUGAUGCAAGAUGAAGAAAACUUUAUGUUUGGAAACUCCAAGGUUCUCCAUGGUUCUUUGGUUUUUCACAGCUCAGGACCGAAGUCAACGGGUAUAUUUAUAACAUACACUGUUGUCUUUGCUCUGAUGAAAUGUGGAGUUGUUUAAAAAAAAAAAAUCAAUCACAAUCAAUGUUCAUGCAUCACAUGAGUUGGUAUUUUAGAGCAACCUGGUUUACUUUAAGACAAAGAUCUUUGAAUCAACUGGAUGUUUUCCCCGCUGGCUACCAGACUGGUUUUUGCUAUAAUAUUGACUGGAUGUUGGACUAAAUUACUUUACGUUUUUUCAGAAACUAGAAACUUUUUUUUCUGUGCAGGAAAUAGACUGAGACUGAACUCCAACAGAAGCAGGGUGAAGAUGUUUUUGUUCUCAAACACUGAACUUUAACAAGAGCCCUCUCAAACAUGAAGGUACCACAAUGUGCUGUUCACUCUUGCAUGAAGACACUUCUCUGAUAAAAUACUAACUCUGGGUUUUCCACACAGAAUUUAAUCAGUAAAUCUUUUCAGCGUAUUUGUCAGUUGCAAACAUGCAUGUGUCCAGUGGAGAUGGCUGAUUAUAAAAUGAGAGAUUAUCUGCUUUACUUGGUAAAUCACUGAGGUCUGCUGGGAAACUCAGAAUGAGAAAUACAAUCUGAUUUAAUUUGUCUUGUUGAACGCAACAGGAAGAAUGAUGACGGAGGAACAACAAGCAGAUAUCCAAUCAGAUGCUGCCACAAAGACAUUAUACACCUUUCAUUGUGGAAGAAGUUGUUUACACGCAAAUUUGUUUAAGAUGUACCUGUUUUUGUUCUUUAUUCCUAAUAACUGCCUGUUAUAAUGAAUCAACAUGAGAACUGUUGGUACUGGGUGGUGAAGUAAGGCUCUCUAGAGGCUGAAAUAAAGAACUACAGAUCAACAGGGAAUAUUUAUAUGACAAUAAACAGCUAAACUUCAA